GCAUGAAUCAGUUACAGGGAAAGGGAAGGAGCAGCUUGAAGAGAUGAUCUUCCUCCCCUUGCAAAAGGGAUACUCUAAGUCCCAGUUAUCAGGUGUGCAGCUGGCGGAGCUGCGAGAGGGAGCUGAGAGCCUGCUCCUCCCCUAGGGUGGGAGGCUGUACCUCGUGAUUAACUUCCAACCAGAGGAGUGGAGCUCAUGCUGAGUCCUGAAGGAACCUGUUAGGAGGAACUCAGGAGUGCAGGAAAGGGACAGAAAAUACCUGGAAUCAGCCAGAGGACUAACACGGCUGGAGAGGCUCUUCUUAGCAUCAAUAGCUCUGGUCAUGUUCAACUACCUGGCAGUAGAGGUGAGACCCCAGUUCCACCGCAACUAUGGGAGCCAGCAAGGGGUGUCUGGGCCACUAAGGAACCGCCUGGAGCAGCUGAAGAAGCCGUGGUGGAGGGAGCCCACCCCCCUGGUGCUCCAGCACAGUGAAACAGCCAGGCUUGCCGUUGACGCCUUUCUUGAGCAGGGGGAACGCGGCUACCUGAGUGCCAUCACUGAGGAACGGGAGCUGCCUUUUCUUUCCACACUGGACAUGGAAUAUAUGAGCCACCAGAGAAACCUAAGCUAUCCAGAACUCAACGCAAUGAAAGACAAAGAGGGUGACCCUGGUGAUGCAGAUACUGGAGACAGGUCCUCCCUCUGCUCCGAACUAACAUCUGGCACCUACUUCCCACUCAUGUCUGAUGUGCACCCUCCUGAGCUGGAGCUGGGGUGGCCAGGAAUCCCACUCCUCACAGUGUCUGGCCAGACUCAAGCCACUGUGAUUUUCCAAAGAAACAAAGCUAACAGCAUUAAGGAUUUGUUCCGGUCUCUGAUCAGCCGGGCACGGACGGUGAUAGCAAUUGUGAUGGAUCUGUUUACAGACAUGGAAAUACUGUGUGACCUGCUGGAGGCCUCAAGCAGACGGCAUGUCCCCGUUUACCUGAUCCUGGAUGAAGAGUACUUGAAGCAUUUUGUGGAAAUGUGCAAUAAAAUGGCUCUUACUCAGGACAGCUUCCCAAACAUGCGCAUAAGAUGUCUGAGUGGAGACACAUAUUACAGCAAAGCAGGCAAGAAAUUUGCAGGCCAGGUUCUGGAGAAGUUUAUCCUGAUAGAUUGCGACCAAGUUCUAGCUGGUACAUACAGUUUCACCUGGCUUUGCAGCCAAGUCCACACCAGCCUGGUGACCCACUUCCGUGGUCAGAUAGUUGCAGAAUUUGACAAGGAAUUUCGGUACUUGUAUGCAGAGUCCAAAGCAGUGACCAGCUUCUCUGUGUUGGAUCCCUUGUCUCAGAACACCUCAAAAGGUACUGAAUCCUUUCUGAAGCCCAUCCAGAAUGAUGCUGAAACCCUGAGUGCCUCCAGCAGCCUCUCCAAUGUAAGCAUCAGAAGCAUAAAAAUGUCUCCCUUUAUGAAAAACCCCAGCUACAGUGUUCACCAGGAGAAGCAUGAUUUGAGCCCUGAUUCUGGUGAUAAGAUGGGGAAGGAAGACACUUCUCUGAAGUCCACUUGCCCUGUGCAGCAAGGGGAACCACCAGACUCACCUAACAGUCCUUCAAAUAAGUCCACCUUGUAUCAUAAAUCAAAUCUCAUGACAGCAAGGACAUUUUUGCAGCUGGAGCCAUCCCCUGUCCUCAGCUCCAACAAACCUAAUUAUCAAGGGGAUGACAAGGCAAACAGCGGCCACUGCUCCCCAGUGACACAGGAGCAGACACCACAGUUCCUUUCAGAGGGUGCCAAUUGCACUGUGACAAGCACAAAGCAGAAAGAGCCUGCUGUUACCUCCAGGGAACCAACGGCAGAAAAUGAUAACUUUUAUGGGACAGAAAAAAGACAGGGUCUUGGACAAGGAAAAUUGGACCAGUUAUUACCGUACAACCAGCUCAAACGCACAAAAAAGCCUGCAGUUCCUUCCUAUGAUAAACUUACUGAGGACAUGUUGAUGGAAAAGAGCAGUGCAUAUGGGGCUGAGAAAAGAAUGACUCUUGGGCACAGUAAGCUGGAUCUGAUCACCAAAUACAACAAGUUAAAAUCUAAACACAUACACAGUCGGUUUGAACUCUGACCUGGUUCUCCCAGGCCUCGGUGUGUCCUUUGGUCUUAUUUUCAAGUGGUUGCUUUUCCCUACCAAUCAAUGUAUCUGGGGCUUGAAAUCAAAGUACAGGUGGCAAAUUAGUGUUGUUCCUAUCAAAAGGUGUUUGUGCU